GUCAAUAAAUGAGCACCUAAUAAAUGGGCAGCUGGUGGGAGGAGGGAAAAGGCAAGGCAAGGGAAAGCUGCAUGGAGCAAAAUCAGAACUGCCAUCCACUAUUAAGAGGAGGGAACAGGAAAGUAAGCAAUGCAUCUAGUCAUGGAUUCUCUUCAGGACAGAUGCAAUCAUUAGAUGCCUUUUGUGAAACUCUCAUUCCUCCAUUGCCUGUACCCAGCUUUAGCGAGGAAAUCCCUGUUGAUAAGCAGGAGGCUAUUCGUUCUUUCUACAAAGGUUCUGGGUCUCAGUCUCCCGUACCUGAUGAGGUAGCAGAGUUAAUGGUGAAAAGAGGGGGGCCAGAAGCAGUGUUCUUAGAGAGAUUGGUUUUGAAGUUUCUCUUUUGCAGAUUGGGUACGCUUCUGCUUUGUGGGUUCAUCUGUUUGGAUUGGAAAUGGCCAUUGAUUCACAAGUUCUCUGAGAUUUCUAGCACACAUAUCAUGUUUCCAAGAGCUAUCCCAAUUGGAUAUCAAGUAGAUACCAGAGAGAAGUUGAAAAAACCUGGGGAAAGACCUCUCCAAAGGGGAAUCAUAGAAACUGCUGCACAUCAGAAUGACUCAACCCUUGUCCAGUAUCUCAUCCAAAGAGGCCUCCAGGUCAUGGAAGAUCCAGAAAACAACACCUGCAAGGUCAAAUGUGAUGUUGUGAUUGUUGGAUCCAGUUGCGGUGGAGUUGCAGCUUCAGUCCUUGCAAGCUCAGGCAAGAAAGUCAUAGAGAAAGGGAACUAUUUCGUGCCUGAAGAUUACUCUUCACUUGAAGGGCCUUCCAUGUCUGAGCUAUACGAGUCUGGUGGAUUUCAAUCAGCUGUCGGCGGGGAAACUAUGCUUUUGGCUGGAUCAACAGUGGGUGGAGGUUCUGCUGCAAACUGGUCUGCAUGCAUAAAGACACCUGAUUCUGUUCUUAGAGAAUGGUCUGUUGAUCACAUGAUUCCACUAUAUGGGAGCCAUGAAUAUCAAUAUGCCAUGGAUGCAGUGUGCAAGAGGAUUGGUGUUACAGAGCAUUGCUCCGAGGAAGGAUUUCAAAAUCAAGUUCUUCGUAGAGGAUGUGAGAAACUUGGUUUGAAAGUUGAAUUUGUGCCAAGGAAUGGUACGGAUGAUCAUUAUUGUGGUUCUUGCUGCUAUGGGUGCGGAACAGUAGAGAAGAAAGGGACGAUUCCACAUGGCGAUGCUGUGAUUCUAACAGGAAGCAGAGCUGAGAAAUUCAUAUGGGAGAACAAGAAGACCGAUAGCAAAAGGAAAUGCUUGGGAGUUGUAGCUAGAGCUUUGUAGAUUUUAGAAACUCUAUCUAUUGGACCAUCCUCGUUUGCAGCGGUAUGUCCAUGGACUUCAUGGCUGGACUUCAUGGAUAGGAUGGUGAGGUAUUCAUGAACUGCCCACAUCUUUGCAAUGGUUAGAGAUCAAGGUUCAAGAGAAGUGAAGAGGGAGGGUCACUGCACUUACCCAAUUGAUGGCCAAAGACUAGUCUGUGAAGGUAUUAGCGAGAAGGAUUUUAUUAGCGAGAAGGAUUUGGAAGAGUUCUUGGACACAAUCACAAUACCUGGAGGGCUGAGGUCUAGAGAAGAGAAUUGGACCAUAUUAUUUUCUGCACGUCAGAUGGGCAGCUGUAGGAUGGGUGCCACGGCGGAAGAAGGUGGAGUUAAUCAAAAUGGGGAAAGUUGCGAGGCAGAAUACUAAUUUGUAUAUGAUAGAAGGGUACUGCCACUUGCAACUGGGGUCAAUCCCAUGAUAACAAUCCAAACCACAGCAUACUGCAUUUCCAAAAAGAUUGCUGAAUCUUUGAAAAAGCAACACUACACAUUGCAAGACAUUGUAUAGUGAAGAAAACACAACCAGAAAGCCUUGUAUUUCUUCUCCCUGUAAUUUUGUUUGCUGGGGAUUACUUGAAUCGCUGCAAAACAGGCACUGGACUCGAACCUCAGCUUUGCAAUGAAAAGGAGA